GAGCACUGCAACAGCCUGGGUGCCCACCUGGCCUCAGUCACCAACCCCAGAGAGCAUAGCUUCCUUCAGCAAAUCACACAGACAGCCGGUCAGAGCAUCGCAUGGCUGGGAGGCUUCAACCUACAGGGACGGUGGAUGUGGAUUGACCGUGAGGGUUUCUAUUACACCAACUGGUACUCCCCCUCCUCCUCCAGCAGCUACCCCUGCAUCUACUUACGCACCACCAAUGGUUGGGGUAACACCCAGUGUGGCUCAGCUUAUCGCUUCAUCUGUUCCAAGAACCCGUUCAGCUGUUAAAAUACAUACUGAACAUCUGGAACCUUGGGAUGUAUCAGCUGGGAUACUGUGGUGGGAAUGAGGGUGUU